UAUCGAUAGUUUUAACAACAAUCGCAAAUCAGCCAAAAAGAAAUAUAAAACAAAGCCAACAAGUGAAAUUUGCAAUUUUGGCCUAAACUUUCCUUUGCACAAAUUAAACUGCCCAACAAAUAUUGAGCCAUGGGCGCCGACGUACUCCCUAUACUAUUCUUCACUUCACUGUGGGCCGCCGUUGGCAUUGGCGGUUCAAUGAUUACGCCCCGUGGACCACAAAGGCAGCUGAUUCAAUGUAUUUUGAUGCUAACCGCAGGCUGCUGCUGGCUCUUCUGGCUGUGUUGCUACUUGGCACAAAUGAAUCCACUCAUUGGACCAAGACUUAGCCGGCGGGCAAUACAAAUCAUAGCCGAGUCCUGGAAUAUGCCCAUUAAGGAGGGCUAACAAAGGAUAGAGCACGAGGAGUAGCAUGAAUAAUCUUAUUAAAUCUCUAUAUGUCAUUAAUUAAACUUAUUUUACAACUGUUAAUUUUGUGCAUUCCAGCACGAAUUGUAGAGGAAAUAUAUAUAUAUAUAUUUAUACACAAUGUAAA